AUGCCCUCCAAUGAUGACCUUCAGAGCUUGCUGGCCAAAUAUAGAGUGGCCCCACAAAUACAGGCGACAUUAGACAGCGCUCUAUCUCGGGCUAACGAAAGGGUAGAUCAGCAGCCCGUGCAUACAAAUAUUGCUGAAGCUGUGGCUGCCCCUGGGUCGACAGAGCUCCAGCCAGCAACGAAGUAUAGCGGAUCUUUGGCGCCAGAGAUAUCAGGUUCGUCACCUGGAACAGCCAGGCCCGGUGAGAGGCCUGCAAUUCUUCCCAGAACAAUGGGAGCAGAUGUCUCCGUUAAGAAAGAGGACGGUCAUAGAAAUAGAGAAGCAGGAGAUCAAAAGUCUCAACAGGUAUUGCCAAUGGGACUAGCCAAAGGUCAGACUCCGAUAGAGAAAGCAGAGAAGAACGUCAAGAUCUCUGAAGCCAUUGAGCACUACAAGGAAGAGCCUCCGAGGCGCCUCGGUGCACACUCUGUGGGGACGCAGACACCACCUGUACUCACGGAAGAGAAUGAAACGCUCCGCAGACUGCAAGGAGAGCUGGACCAUGUCAAGGCCCAGCUGUCGUGUUUACAGGCAGAGGUCAUCAAACAAUUCUUCAAUCUAAAUAGCAAAUUGACGGCUUUUUUAUCUCAACACAAGUAG